UGUCAAAAGCUACGUUGCCACUUCUUAACAGUCCUGUCUUUCAAACCUGUGUCCACGCUUGUUGAUAUUUUGCUCGUCAUUUCGAAUUUCCAUCAAUAUUUCUGCUUCGUUGUCACUCUUUCACGGGAAUGAGAAGGAACAGGCGACGGAAACAUAGCGUCGAAGCCAGUGUUGGUAAGAAUGGACCUGUCACCAAGGAUCUAAACUGUGGGAAGAAACAAAAAUUUGCUGUCAUCACUCAAGCUUUAUCCAGUGAUCCGGUGGACAUCGAGACCUUGAGGAGAGCAGCUUCCAGUCAUGGUGGCUUGCUUACAGAUGAACUACGUAGAAAGGUUUGGCCCAAACUUCUGAACAUCAAUGCGUUUGAUCUACCUCACAGGCCAGGUAAAGAUGUUCGGGCCAACCAUAAGGACUGCAGCCAAGUCAUUUUGGAUGUUAAAAGGUCAAUGAAACGAUUCCCUAAAGGAAUGCCGGUCUCAGAAAGAGGUGUGCUUCAGCAGCAACUGAUCGAUGUGAUCUUGGAAGUCUUAAAAGGAAACCCGCAGCUGCACUACUACCAGGGUUACCAUGACGUGGCAGUCACGCUGCUGCUGGUGGUGGGCGAGCGAAUGGCCAUCGCCAUGCUGCAUACGCUGUCCAACUAUCACCUCAGGGAUUUCAUGGACCCCACAAUGGACCGCACCAAACACAUCUUGAACUACCUGAUGCCUUUAUUGGAGCAAGUGGAUGCUGACCUGCAUGACUUCAUGGCCAGGUCCGAGGUGGGAACCAUCUUUGCGCUGUCGUGGCUCAUCACCUGGUACGGUCACGUGCUGUCGGUCUUCAAACACACGCAGAGACUCUACGAUUUCUUCUUGGCAUCACAUCCCAUAAUGCCCAUUUACCUGGCUGCCAGUAUUGUUUUGCACAGAAAGAGGGAGGUGAUGAAGACAGAGUGCGACAUGGCCAUGGUCCACCACCUUCUCUCCCACAUGCCUGAAGAGCUACCGUAUGAAGAUCUUAUCUGUCAGUCCCAGGACCUGUUUGACCAGUUCCCUCCCUCUGUAUUGUCUAAGCGGGCAGCGCUGCAGUCUUGUAAAAGUUUGUCCAUCAGCACCUUCAAGGAGUUCCAGCUCUCCAUCCUCCACCAAAGGCCGGACUCUGUGCUCCGGCGCCUCCACAAGUCCAAAGGUACCACCUCACCUAGAUCAGCCCUGGAAUGCCCGUCCCAGGAGGCCGGAUCACUCCAGGAAAAGAGCCAGCGAUGGAGAACACAUAGUAACACGUUGGUCAAGAUGGCCAUGUGGGGCCUUUCUGCCACACUCGGCGCAACCGUCCUGGCUGUGGCUCAGACUGCCAUGGACUGGGGUCCCGAUUUAUUACAGCUCUUCUGAAACACCACAAGCCAUAACCAACAUUUGUUUGACCCACUUUUAUUUAUUAUAGUAUCGAAUCACAAAGUGCUAAUAGUAGAUGAAUCGUGACAAACACCAGGCAGCUGAUGAAGCAAGAGACGAGUCUCACAGGAUUCACAGGACAAUGGCUUUUUAAAGGCUCCAUCAGCUGCUCUCAAGGUGGGUGAUUAAAACCGAUCUCUCUUGUUGAGCUGUUCACGUUUGCCUUUGAGUUGAUAUGGAACUGUUUCAUAUGGCCCCUCAAUCCUGUCUCAUCUGCUCUCAACGCUUCUGAAAAUGAAACCUUAUUUUCGUGGGGAAAAAACCCUGAGAUGCACCAAGAAACCUAUGAAACGGAGAAGUGAAACGCUCCUCCUGUUGGGAGAGUGAGCGUGUUUUUAGCCAAGCACAAGGCAGUUUGAUAUGAAAACAUACUUCCAAUUUUUGCAGGCAUUUAAAUGUGGGCAUUUGUGAAUGUAGCAGCAGAUUGGCAUUUGAAGUGAUCUGCUCUUGUAUUUUCAUGUGCCGCUCAGGAGUGGUUUAUUAGCUUUGGAGUCCGUUUUGGAUGUAUGAUGAUGCAAGCCAUGUACUUGCCUUUAAUUGUUUGAAUUUGUUUCAGUUAAGUUUGAAUAAAACUUCUCUCGAGUGUUGACAUCUGUGUGCGGGUUCCUCUCGUGUAAGACCAAGGUUGUGGCAUAUACUCCUCACAAGUGGUGAUAGCUGUGGGAUUGUACUGUCAUCUUGGAUGGUGUACACGGUGUUGUGAGCUUUUGCUGAAUUUCACACUUAGAAAUUCUACAUUAGAUGGCGAGUGAUGAGUUUAUUUCUUUACAGCAGAAAAACAAGGAGAUGGACACAUGGAAGGUGAUGAGCCGACUUUGACAUCCACUUCGGUGCUGCUGAAGAUAUGUUUUGUUAUCAGGAUGUUGGCGUCCGUGUUGAUGAAAUCAGCUACAAUGACAGUUUUCACAGUGGCGCUAGUGGAGUUGACAGAGCUCAGAGUGAAUCUUGCUACUGUCAGGAUUGACUCUUCACAUAUUGUAUUUAGUUCAAAAAAGGUCAUCUUCACUUUCUUCUGCAUAAAUGGAUGGCAGGGAGUCUCUGGAGAACAGGUAGUCAGCCAAGUUGGGUACUCCGGAAACGACGCAGCAGCCCAGCCCCUUGCGAAUAAUCCCCAUCUCGCUGCAUGGUGUCCACUUUUUAGUGUUCAUGUCGUAGUACUCCACGCUCGUGUCUUUUGAGAGGAUGUUGAUGCCGCCGACUGCAUAGACUCGGUCGUCAACGACUUCAAUUGCAAAGUUGCUGCGAGCACUUAACAUGGAAGCAAAUGUGUGCCAGCUUUUGAUCCGGGGAUUGUAGGCCUCGACGCUGCGAAGGCGCCGCUGGCCGUUGUAGCCUCCAGCCUACAAGCCAAGGGAAAGAAUACAGUGAAUUAGGGAACAGUACGCUGUCUGAAGAUGUUUGAUGCCCUUGGUCAAGAUUGUUCGUCCAGCAAAGUUGAGUCGGGUUGGGUUUUACUCACGGCGUAGAUGUGGUCUCCAUAGGCGAACACUGCUAUUCCACUGCGACGGCUGAUCAUUGGGCUGAUUAAUGUCCACUGGUUGGUGGCCCGGUCGUAGUACUCAGCGGUCCGCUGGCUGUUGAUGCCAGAACAUCCACCGCAAAUGUAGAUCUGGAGGAAAAGAAGUGUCGCACAUUAGUGACAAGUAAUUCCCUUCAAAGAAAGUCUGGUGCUGGGGUCUGGGCUCCCUCACCUUAUUAUGAAACACGGUGCUGCUGGCGUCACGCCGGACCUUCAGCAUCGAUGCGAUCCAGGUCCAUUGGUUGUCUUCAGGUGUGUAGCACUCGCAAGUCCUGAGUGAAUGUCGCCCAUCUGACCCACCCAGCGCAUAGAUGCAGCCUUGAAACACGGUGACGCUGACGUAGCAGCGGCGCAUGUCCAUGGGUGCCACCUCUUCCCAGGUGCCGGUGCGCAAGUGGAAUCUGUGCACACUUCUGAAACACUCGUUCUCGUUGCAGCCGCCAAUGCAGUAAACGUACCCGUCGAGGAACACGAUACCGUGGUACGAGCGAGGUUGCUCCAGAAUGUUGCUGAGGGUGACCCAGCGGUCAGCACGUUUAUCGUAGGCCUCUAUGUAAUUGGUUGGUUUGCCCCUUCUGCAACCCCCAAGGGCCAGCAGAGCGACCUUUGGCAGGCGGGGACGGGCAAUAAGUUCCCUGAAUCCAGACACAUCAGACGUCUUUGCGCUGAUGUGAUCAAUGAUUCGAAUGGCUUCGUGGGCCAUGGUCACAGUUUGCAUAUCACACUGCACAUACCGACUGGUAAGCACUUUGGUUGUGAUGUAGUCUAGACUUAACAGGGCUAGACGAACCUUUGAAGACAAAGCACAAACAUGGGUAGAUCUUUAGGUCGGCAGGACCAACAUUGCCCAGCGCUGUAACAAGUGCUCUCUGCCUGCAAAACACGAUGAAGUCACCACAGCUAGCCUUUAAGUAGAUCGAAUAUCUAGCAGCAGGAUGAUCAUGGUUAACAUAGCAGUACUACUGUUAAUGGCCCAAAAAAGUGGUGACCUAAAUUUGCCGUAUCGGUACGUGGCCUGUAAAAGAGACAGGUUUGAAAUACUUGGUCCAAAUUUACCCAGGCAAAGAUGAUGUUCACCUACUUUAGCCAUGAGAUCGUAGAUGUAUCUUAUCCGGUGGGAAAAAUGCAGCGAGAUCCAAUGGAUCACUGCUUCGAACACCACCCUCUCAUCUCUAACGUACAGGACGUCAUCAUCCAAAAUGCGAAGAAGCUCCUGCACUGUCAGCUGCGUGAACUCGCUUGUGAACACCAGCUCCCCGAAAUGCAGAAGGAUGUAGUGAUAAACCCUCUGCUUGAAUGCUGGGGAGUGUACGGUGGUCAGAUGCCAGAUGCCGAUGCAGUUUUCGGGCCGAAGGUGCUCCUCCAGGAACACGUGGCACGCUUGCACGAUGCAGCACAUGUUUAGAUAGUCCGCUACCUUCAGGAUGUCCUGCACGUUCUCCUCCGUCACAUUCAUGGUGCCAGUGUACGUGAACUCAACAAUGUGCUGCAUGAUUUCACGAGGAACACUGGAGAUGGUGAAGAACCUCUGGCCUGGAAAUGACCAGCGUUCAAACAGAGCCCUGAGCCAAGAGAAACACAAGUAUAAACCACCUCAGACCUACAUUACACAUUUAAAUGAAAGGAUUUAGUGUAUGAAAGUGGAUAGCUCUUGUACAUUUUUGCAUUUACCGUUGGACAUCCCGACCUCGAUCCCACCCCCUUGCUCCAAGGAUGCAUUGAAAUUAUCCAAAAUAGUGGACAGAGAUCAAAGGGGUGAAGAGGAGAGUGCAGGCAGGGUGGCACGGUCGCAGUCGACUGACGGGUGGAUGACACAAGGGUGGAAACUAGGGUGAAGGGUAGGCUCUGGGGCAGGGGUUCUUUUUCAUCUCGGGGCCCACCUUUUCCAGAACAAAUGGGUCCAGAGCCCAUUGAAGGAAUAGAACUGAUUCAUUACUGUGAGUACUGAUGUCUGAUUUCAGAAUUACUGGUUUCAUUUGUUUUCAAUAACUAUACACGUAAGCAAACCAAAACCUUAUGCAAUAACAUGAAACCAUCUGAUCACUGCAAAGAUAUUUGCCAUGGAAAAGUACAACCAGCAGCAGAACCAGGUGCAAGUCAUGUUCAGGAAUUAUUACUAAAACAAAAAACUGUUGAGAGAAUUGGAAAAACUGCACUUCAUGAGUACAAUUCUGAAUUAAAUAAAUAUGAUAAAACGUCAAUUUUUUUCAUAAAUAAACUCUAAGAAGAUAAGUAAAGUAUCGCCAUAAAAUGUUCGAAUACAUUUAAAAAACUGCUCCAACAGGUGAACAGUUUUUACUGUUGGGGGCGCCAUUACUUUUUUUAUAUUUUUCUUUUUAAGAACUUCUUCAUAGUUGGUAACUAUCACAGAUUUGCAGCUGUCAAGUCAAUUCAAUGACACACUACUGCCACCAUAUGUGGCAAGUGUAUGAAAACGGAGCAUCUCACGGCCCAGAGGUGUAAAACAAAAAACUUCUGGCAGGCCUCUAGGGGGCGCUCAUGGCCCAACCAUGGGCCUCUGCCCUGUGGUUAAGAAUCACUGCUCUAGGGAACAGUGCGAGACCUGUGUGGUUUAGAGGAGGGGUGGGCAAUCCAGGGCCGAGGUGGUGCAGGUUGAAAGCUCACAGUUUAACCAAUGAGGUUACAGCUGCAACAAAUACCAGAUUGGUGAGGAGGUAUCAUUGGUCGGAACAAGCCUGUUGGGGAACUAUUGACCCACCACUAGUUUAGAGACUGGUGCAUAGACUAGCAGAAGUUGUGGCAAAUAUGAAGAUACUAUAAGAAGGGACUGCUCCUGUGCAGAAGCUUGGAUGGACAGACUCAGAUGGAGAGAGCAGGGAGAAGAAGAGAAGGCCUGUGAGGCUCCUGGGGACAUGAGGAUGCUGAAGAUAGGAUCCGGUGAAGAGGAAACAAGGCCUGGGAGAUGCUGUUACCCAUGAUUUGUUGUGUGUCGAAAGUGGAGGUGGAUUGUGGAGGGGUUGUGAGACUCACAGGAAGUAUGGGCUGAUGUUACAGAGCGCAUUCUUGUUGACAGGGAACUCUGCAUCAUUGAGUCUAAGAACUGCGUCACAGGCUUUCAAGAUUUCCUCCUCAUACAGAUGUUUGCAGUCUGUACUGGACGUGGAUUCCAUUCCGCACCCAUAUAGUAGGAUGAGUCGUGGGUCGCAGGUCUCAGGGGCCGGUGCGCAUGUGACCACUCACACCACUGCACUUAUUGUACCAAACCAACACACCUCACUGAGUGGGCUUGUGCUGCCUUCCUCGUCUCCGGAGGAUCACCCCGUAUUUAUAGGGUCCCAACAGGACCGCGACCUCAUGACGUCAUCACUUCUUAUGAUGCUGCGGUUUCACGGAAAGGACCCAAUUCUUUGGACUUUGAUGUUGCUGUCUUCUUUCAUAGAAACGCCACAUGUUUUUGUUUUGAAGCUCAAACAUACAGUAUGUGACCCUUCUGUGGUUCUGGCCACCAAACUGGACUCAUGGAAAUGAAUGGUCUAUGUGGUGACCAGCCUCCUGCACUGCCUUCCAACAGAACCAGAAUUAACAUAUGUUAUAUUUAUCACUUGUUUUGGGGGCCAGCUUAGUCUGUUCUUUCCCACCUGAAUGAACCAAGCAGAGUUUUCUGAUCAAACACAGCAUCAGUGAACAUGCUUCAUUUACUGUAGCUCUGUUGACUUUUCACUUAAGUCACUGACAUCAUAGUACAAAUAGAACGAUGGUCACCGCUGGGUGGCGUUGUUUUACCAAAAAUAAUACCCUGGAUAUGUGACCCUACAAAAGAAUAUCGCCCCCUGUGGCUUGGUUGAGAAAACACCACUGGAGAAGUGUGACCCCCUUCCCUGUCCAUUUGCAUGUUUCCUUCAGACAAUGACACUGUCCUAAAAUCUAAACUUAAUGUGUCUGUCACUGUACGUCAAGUUGGUAUAACCAACCAACAUUGGCCUUUCCAGCCUGAAGUGGUGCUGCCCCAUUCGUUCUCAGUAAAAUCCACUUGGAUCGGUUUGGAACCACCUGCUCAAUUCAACUUGCAACCUCCUGGUGCCACGACUACGGAACAAACGCCACCAGCCUGGAAACGGAUUGAUUGACAGUGUUGGACGCCACACUCGGCUUCUGGCACGUAGAAGAAUCUUAUUGUGCUGGAAAGAUGCAAACCCUCCAAAAGCUUCUCAAUGGAUGGCUGAUACAAGUUUCAAUAUGGGGAUCAAAGGCCUAGUGAUCGUCAGGCAAGGCAGAGUCUCACACAGGGUUCAGCUGGCUGCAUGGACAACUCUAGCACGCACUCGGCAUCCUCACAUUCAUGGAGUGCUCUGCUGGCACGGAAGCACCAGGUAGGGAGGCGGCGCCACGGUGGCUGCCGCUGAAAGUGCAAAGACUGACCGGUGUGUGCGAGACUUUGCCUUUGGAGAACAGGGAAAAGAUUGUAUCGAGCUGGAAAGUGUAUUGCAACUGUCCAUUCCAGAGUAGAAGACUGAGAUGAGAUUUUAUAAACCAUCAAGACACCAACGGUUCACCUGAAGCUACAUCCACACUGCUACAUUUGGAACCAUCAAGACACUCUUGAGCUUCAUAUUUGGCAUGUGUGCAGCACUUCAAUUGUAAGGCAAGGCAUCACCACCACCAUCAUCACAUCAUCAUCAUCUAAAGGUAGAGGGCGGCAAGAUUACUCACCAAAACUGUGUAAGCUGUCACUGCACAUCACUGCAGUUGAGUCCCACAAGUUAAGCCAUUCCAUACUCAAGUGUUUGAACUUCUGUAUUUCUACUCGCUUCUGUGCUACAAACGUGGCCUUUUAGGGGCUGUAAAUCUACAAUUCAAAAAUGAUUUGAAUUAUUUCUGACAAAAACUGUUGCAAACUAACAUCAGACUAGGCCCUUAAAACUUAAUAUACGCAAGAAGAUUCGAUUUUGUUAUUUGGUCUCACCUCCUGAACCAUUGCUGAUGGAAGCGGGAGGCUUUUGUCCUCACAUUUUUGAGAUCUUGUUAAUCCUUUAUCCUUUCAGUCAAGUUUACACUGUGUAGCGAGGCGAUCCAAGCCAUAAACACUCAUGAAAGGGCCACGUUCAAAUCUCUUUGGUUACAAAUGGGGACAAAGAAUUCAGGUGGAAUCCAUUUUCAAAUGACUGUGUAUUGUAGUAGUGUGGAGGUAGCACAAUUCCAGUAGUAAGAGCAAACCAACCCAAAAAAUUGAAUUGUGGAAAAAAUAAAAGUCAAACCUAAAAAAAUAAAUAUCCAGAGUUUUUCUUUCUCAACGACCAACAUAUUUUCUACUUUACUUAUCAUGUGCAAGAUUCGUGCAACGUCAGGCCCAGCGGCGUGUUAAACAUCUAAGCGAAGAGGAGUUCGCAGGACGUCCUCUUUACAUUCAAUGACUUUUAUCUUCUAAGUCACCAGAUGGAAUCAAAGGAUG